AUGCCUUUCAUGAAAGGAAGAGCGCCUAUACGCCGUACCUUAGAUUAUCUAAACGCCGGAAAACUCGUCUUCAAAGACAAAAUAAGAAUAUUCUCAGUUGCCUAUAACAUUCUCGGUCAAAACAAUACGGGAGCAAAGGAAUUCGUUUUUUGGUAUUUACCACAGAUCCAGUACAAAAAUCCUGACGUACAGGUAACUACAUUAAAAAAUUUAACUCCUUCGCCGUUUAUAAAGUGCUAUUUCGAAGAUGGAAGACGGAUUUUGGUAGACGUUGAUAACAAAUCCAAAGAAGAAAUUUUAGAACAUUUAUUGAAUACUGUAGGAAAAUCUAAGGAGGUUUUAGAAGCUGAGUCUGUAGCUGCUGAAAAGAAAGAUAAUUCAGCUAACUUUGGAGUGGGUUGCGAAAGGGCUUGUAUUUGUGAAACAUACGGCCAAGUCCCAUGUUCUGGUGUAGUUCCCCUGCCUAAAUUUAUGAGAGGGAAAUACAGGAAUCAAAAAGACUAG